CACAACGGGGCCGUGGCGACAUUUCUGGCGUUCUUUCGAGAGAACCACGCGUGAUGGUUCGUGUAUGAAUCGGUAAAGUCGCAUCAUCUAUUGACCCCUCAGCAUCAAGAUCAUCAUGCCCAAAACCUACGGCACCGGUCCCCACGCCUACGCCGCGCGCUGCCGCGAUGGCGUUCGGGGCGCGGCGCACAACUUCGGCAUGCGGUGCCGAAAUUUGGCUUCCAUGAUUCCGAAGGGGGUGUGGCCGAUCUACGCGUGCUACCUGGCAAUGCAGAUUCUGGACAGCACAGCCGGGCCGCUGUUUUUGCCGUUCUUGCGGACGCUGGUGAUCUGCGACACCCCGACGAGUAGCACGGCCAAUGUGGCAACGACGUCGUCUUCUAGCACGAACGCGCCGUCGGGGACCAUGGAUGCCUCAAGGGUGCUCGUCACAGCGGGUGCGAAUCCUGACGUGGGAACAAGUGCUGCUUCAGGAUCUGGUUCUGGCGGUACUACUAGCAGCGCAGCGGUACUAACGCCACCACAGCAAGGCUUUUCGUCUUCUUCGUUUCUGACCCUGGAAUUGGAAAUGCAUCAUCACCAUGAAAAUAGACUCCAAGAAACGACGAGGAUUGGCACGGAGCACCAACUGGAGGUAAAGGAAAAAACGGAAACAGAAAUUUCGAAAACGGAAACAGCGCAGCGACACUUGGAAAAAACCAAAGACGCAAUAACCCCACGGAACGGGAAUCCCGCGUCCGGAAUAAAGACGAAGAAGCAGCAGGAGGAGCAGGCGGCUUACGAUAACUGGACGGGUUCCUUCUUUUGCGGGGACGUGAACACGGUAAUCCGCGUUGCGCAGGAGCGGAAGGGAAUCCUAGACUGCCUGAUGUCCUGUGCGCACGCGAUUUCUAUCCCCGCCUUUGGCGUUUUGUGCGACAAGAAGGGGCGGAAAUACAUGUUGGUGCUGGCGAUCUGGGGCUUGAUUUUCUACUACGUGAUCCUACUCGUCAUCGCCCUGUGGGUGGCCCCCUCGGCGAACGAUAAACUGGUGUACUUAGGCUCGUCUGCUUUAUCAAAGGACCCAAUUUGGGGCUCCGAUCUGGGCCACACUCUGACGAUCGAGGAGCAAGCGGCGAGAAGUGCGGGCUUGCGAGCGGAGAUAGAAACAACCGAGGUGAACAGUGGAAGAUCGUUGCAGGGAUCAGCCGUAAGAACGGCUGUCGCGGGCGGCGCGAGCCACAUCGCAGCAGCAGCAGCCGCAAGUAGCGCAUCUUCGUCUUCAUCCAGCGCAUCUUUCUCUUCCCUCGUGGAGCUGGAACAGAAAAUCACGAAGAAAAAGAGCGAUGGCCACGCUGAAACUGCAGUGCCACUCGCCGACGGGAAGAAUCGAGAAGGGAAGGGCAGUUCGUGGUUGGCAGGAACAAGCGCUGAACAACUUCCAGUUUUUGAGGGUGAAGGUGGAGCAGCGCCUUUGAAACAGGCGGCAAGCACCGCUGGUGGGGAUGAUAAUUUGGAAGUAAAGAAAAGUACUGACAUGUUGGUGGAACAAGAAACAAGCAAAGACACAACUGACCUAUCGAAGGGUAACGUUGCCGAGCCUGCUCCUGCGUCUGCCGCUACCGCCGCCGCAGCAGAUGAUCUCGCACUACCGGCGACAGCCGCUGUGACAAAGACUGCAGCGGCCGGAGAAGCGGCACCGGCAGCGCAGAAAGAACCUGAAGUGCAACAGCAGGCCGCCGCGCCGGCGCCGGUCGGGGAACAAAAACAGACAGGUACUACCGUGACGGAGCAAGCUGCAGAUGUAACAAAGGCUGCCAACGCAGCUGUACCUGCGGCUGCCGUGCCACCAGGAGAAGCAACAGCCGGAACAACAUCUUCUACCACAAAAGAUAAGCCCGCGGAGCCCCAACCUUCACCAUCCGCGGAGAAAGAGAGUGAAAAAACGUCGGCAGCGCCGGAAGCCACGGAGACUCCGCGGCAGAAACUUAAACUGACAGCGGACGUUUUCAAGCCGGCACUGUUUUCUGAUCGGGCCGCGCCGCAGGAAGUCGUACGGGAAGCGAAGGAGACACACGAGGAGACGAAGGUAAUCCAGGACGCAGACGCGGAAGCGAAGGAGAAGGAGUCUGCGAAUGCUGACACUGCAAGCGCGGGAACAAGUACCGAGGCUGGGAGCGAUAAGCAGGUCGGUGUGGCAGGAGCAGGGCCAACAGCAUUAGCAAGUAGUGGGACGAACAAAAACACGGCGCAGCCCGAACGCGCAGAGAAAGAACCGAAAGGCACACCAGGAGAAGGAAAUGCUGCAGGUGGUCCGAGUGCGCGCCCACAAGCGGAUGAUAUGGCGCCAGAAACUACAGCAAAGGACCAGGCAAAAACCGCUCCCGCGAGUGACAAAACAAGUUCGAGCGCAGGGAGUGCUGAGAAUAAUAAAGCUGAAGCGAAAAUAAACGCUGCUGCACACAAAAACAGCAAAGCCGACGCGAAACCACCGCCGAAGCCGGUGAUGAAGCAAAGUCACGACCUGCAGAUGGUUCAAGAAGCGGCCAAGGCGACGAGCGGAGCGACGUUCAAUAAGGGAGAGCAAGCCAAGCCCAAUCAGCAGCAGCAGGGCCUCCAGACACCGCACGCGGAGAAGAACUUCUUCCAAAAGUUCGGCGAUUGGGUGACGGAUCAUUUAGAAUUGCUCCUCCUUGUGUUCGCGUACCUGGUCCGCGGUUUUUUCAAAACUAGUUUCAUCGCCUUCCAUUCCAUGAUUUUCGACGCGACCUCGCUGGGCAACGAACGGGUGCUGGUGUUCGCUUUGCUGGACAUCCUGACCCAGAUCUGCGUUCUGGUGUCGGGUCUGGUUUCCUCCAGUUUGCUCGAAAACGAGUUCACGGAUUUCCCCGCUUUGUACAGCACCAUGGCGUUGCUCUACUCCGUUUUACUGGUCUGCGUGUCCAACCAUUUAAAGGAAACCCUGCAGAUUUCCAUCCACGAUUGGAUCAAUGUCGAGUCGGACCCCGAGGAACUGGAGCGGGAGGGAUUAUUAACCCGACACGCACAGUUAUGCAAGAAAAAAACUGUGUUAGUGAUAGUGUAAGUCUUUUGGGAAAACAGCAUCACAAGUUUGUCUGCCAUGACAGGAAAAACUUGUUAUGCGCAGAUAGGAAGGGAAAACACAUAGGAAGCCAGCCGAUCAUGCAUCUCAUCGAGCAUGACAAGUGUAACUGUUUUGAAAUUUCUGCAUCACACACAGUUUUUUUCUUGCAUCACAUUACUCCCGGUGGCGUCCAAACGCGAACAAAUCGUACGGCGAUCAAGAAGUUCUUGCAGCUUCGAGUCAGAACAAUACUUCCCCGGACGACACGACCACAAAAAGGAGCUCGUCUGUCCAGAUGAACAAUACUGACGGAAUAAAUAGUUCUAACCUUAUUAAUAUCUCCAGGGACGACAGCAAGGCUGAGAAGGCGAUCCUUUCGGACAGCACCAGCGUAGUGUCGCAAGUGUUUUCCUCCGUCUUGAGUGUCUUCGGGACGACGUCGAAUGAUAAUUCCGGCGACGGCAGUUUCCGCCCCUCUAGUGCAAGCGCGGACGAUAUUAGUACAGCAACGGGCAACAAAGGCGUGUUGGUUUUGAAACGAACCCGAUCACGUAUGAAUUGCUGCCAAAGGGCCCUCUACGACGUCGUGGCGUGGACCAAUUAUUUCGGCGACAUGUUCAACGCGUACGUGAAGUUGUUCCUAUCAAAUGCAAAAAUAUCUGGGUCUGGAAACUUGUCAUGCUGGGUGGCGUGUCAUGAUGAGGCUACAAAUGGUGGCUCAGCAUGACAAGUUUCUAAGCUCCCAGGUGUUGCCUAUUCUGCAUGACAAACUGCGGCUCUGCAGCACAGAAAGACGGAGCUCUUGGGUAACGUGCAUGACAGAUUUAAGAGCCAUGCCAGACAAGCAUGACAAACAUGAAUUCUUCCAGACCCAGACAUUUUUGCAGUUGAUAGUUCCUCGAAUCCAGCAACUUUAUCCAGCUCUGGACGGUGCAGUGCUUUUUUUUCACGUAUGAGAGUGCACAACUGCCACUCCCCCUCAUUUGUCAUGCAAGGCACCGGGUCCACUUUUAGCCUCUUGGCCAUAUCUGCAUCACAGGUUCUCCUGGCAGCCGAAAUAGCGCCGCACCAAUUUAUCAUGCAAAAUCUGCAUUGUUGCCGAUGCCUGUAUUGCUGCUCGUGCGGUAUAAUUAAAUGAACUGGAGGACGGGGUCUUGUGCACUCUCAUAUCACGUUGGCGACCUGCAUGAGCGAGAUCACCUCUUCCUACUCGAUUGCGGUAUGGAACUGGCACCAGGGCGAUCUGGAGUUCAUGUCCGCUUGUAUGAUGGUCGUGAACCUGGCGGCGCUUUGCGCCGCCCCUCUGGUUUUGUACGGAAACUUGCGGAAGAUUGAACGGCGGGGGAAGGAUGGGAAGCGGAAAGUGAAGGUGAUUCUGCUCGACGACGCGGAAAAUGAGAAGUACGCACUGAAUGUUUCGAGUUCCCCGGAAGACGACUACGAUUUCACCAGGUUGAACAUCCAUCAGGAACAACAAAACCAGAUCGAACACCAGCAAUUGAGUGACGGAAUGGUGAAGGGGAGUAGUGCGAUAGACGGUGCCAUCGCUCAACAAACGUCUCCACUUUCAACCGCUCGCUCAAACGCGCCGAGCGGAACUUCAAGCGCGCGCGGACAAAAUCGCAACGUGAUUCAAAUUUCCGUGAACAGCAGUGAUGAAGCACCCCUACGCGAUCCGGUGGGGGACGACCGAGGGACGGAAUCGGCCGGGCAAAUCGUAAUGUUCUACCCGGACGGAGACUCGGAACCUUUAUCAUCUGCAGGUUGUACAACGACGUCUAGAACUACUGAUGUCGAUCCGGAAGUCGCUGGAGAGGCAGUCGCGAUGAGGAAGAUCCAGCAGAGUUGUAAAAGUUCGAAAGAAACUUCUUCCACCGCAGCGGGUUUGAUCAUGAAAAAGUCGUCCAAAGACCAGAACUACAGGGGCCCCACGGAAGAGCCGGAACAGGAAGCGUUUCAGCAACUCCGCCGCGUCUCCAAACAAGACCCGAAUGAAACGCGGGACUCGGACCUGCUAGAAGACCACGGAUUGGCUCCGUUGUACUCCUCUCGUAGUUCCCCGGGCGGGUUUGUUUAUCCGCAGAAUGAAGCAGCGGACGAGGAUGAUCUGGAGCAAGGUGCUGGUGGCCUGUUUCACGACGGCGCGAAUGGCAGCAAGCCACGUGCGCGUCCCCGGGUUCAUUUUCAGCAUCUUCAAGGAGGCAACGGUUCGAUGUCUGCGCGCGGUGCGCCGCGAAGUACUAGGUCUGAUUUGAGCCCGCCGGGCGCCGGCAGUUCUAGCAGGAAACCCGCGCUGCGAAGGAACAGCCUACCCGGCGCCGCGGGGUCGUGGGGGUUUUCGCGGAAAAAAUUUGGAAGUUUGCCGAACCUGAACACCUUGGCGCGGCAUUCCGUGUCGGACGAUCACUGGUCCAGUUCGCACGCAGAUCGGUUCAGCGAAGCGGAAACGUCCCUGCACGAAAGGUACGCAAGUUUGCUGAUCCUGGGGUGCUGUAUCAACUUGACCUGCGAGUUGAUUUACACGGUGGAAGCGCCGUACUCCGGACGGUUUUUCGUCUUCAUGAACAUCAUCAGGCACUGCUUGGCGUUUCUGGCGAGCAUACGGUAUCUAUUGCAUAUCAAAAUUGGGGAUAGCAAGAUCGUCUUUCUGUGAUCAUGGUGUUGCAAUUUGCUCUGUCCGACAUUUUUAACAUGCUGUACUAAUAGCAUAAGUGUUGAAGAAAGUACUCAUAGCGUUGCCAACGUAUAUGAAAAUAGGAUUAAACGAAAUACAGCUCGUCCUUCAUUGCGGCGCGUCUUCCUGUGGACAAGCGUGCAAUGUGCCUUUCCUUCUUUUCUCUCACCAGCGAGAUUUCUCAAGCGUUCGGCUGCUACCUGUACGCGAAUUUGCUUUUCGAUCCGACCGCCAGGGGAUUCGCGGCGGGGUUGCCGUUUCGGUUCGCGUUUCUGAUGUACAUUCUGGCCGAUGCGAUUUACAUCUACGUCUUCUACACCUACCGAGAUCCGAACCGGGCGCUAGCGGAUGCAGAUGCCAAGGCGAGAAAAUCAAGCCACGGGGGCGGGGGUGACCAGUCGGACGUGGGCGGGUAGGGAAUUUCAGGCGAGGGCCUGCUGUGAGGAGGGAGAUUAAUAUUCUGAAAAUUUUAUUUCUAUUGUACAAUGAAUGGCUUUACUAUAGUUGUCGUCACUAGUAGUAAGUUUCACUUUUCAUCGUUUCAAUGAAAACCAAACUAUGAGAAUCCGUUUUUGCACAUACGUACUGUAGUGUAUCUCAAAUCACUCAGAUUCUGUAUCCAUUUUUAGAAGAUUGAAAUACGCUGUUGCAGUUCCAAGAAAAAAAAACCUGUAUCUAUAGCAAGGAACGCGAAGAUCUCACUGUUCAUGAGACUGCCCCUGUACUGCCUGUAUUGAACGACGCGUAUGCAUGCGAACCUGUGAGUGUGACUGUUGCGCGCCACCUUCAGUGAGUGAGAAAACAACAGGGCCAGUACGUUGGUAGGCACCGAUAU